CCCCUCCUCUCUCCUCUUUUCCCUUCCACCACCUCUCUCUCUCCCUCUCUCUCUCUCCCCCAGCUUUUGUUUCGCCAUGCCUAGUCUAGUGGUAUCUGGAAUAAUGGAAAGAAAUGGGGGCUUUGGGGAACUAGGAUGUUUCGGGGGAAGCGCUAAGGACAGAGGGCUUCUGGAAGACGAGCGCGCCCUUCAGCUGGCUCUCGAUCAACUCUGCCUCCUGGGUUUGGGGGAGCCCCCCGCCCCCACGGCGGGCGAAGACGGGGGAGGUGGGGGGGGCGGCGCCCCCGCGCAGCCGGCCGCCCCCCCGCAGCCCGCCCCCCCGCCGCCGCCCGCGGCGCCCCCGGCAGCCCCGACGGCGGCACCCGCGGCGCAGCCGCCCCAGCCCCCCACCGCCCCCAAAGGGGCGAGCGACGCCAAGCUCUGCGCUCUCUACAAAGAGGCCGAGCUGCGCCUGAAGGGCAGCAGCAACACCACCGAGUGUGUGCCGGUGCCCACCUCCGAGCACGUGGCCGAGAUCGUGGGCAGGCAAGGCUGCAAGAUAAAGGCUCUGCGGGCCAAGACCAACACCUAUAUCAAGACGCCGGUGCGGGGCGAGGAGCCGGUAUUCAUGGUCACCGGGCGGCGGGAAGACGUGGCCACAGCCCGGCGGGAAAUCAUCUCAGCAGCCGAGCACUUCUCCAUGAUCCGUGCCUCACGCAAUAAGUCCGGUGCGGCCUUUGGUGUGGCGCCUGCUCUACCGGGCCAGGUGACUAUCCGUGUGAGGGUGCCCUACCGCGUGGUGGGGCUGGUGGUGGGCCCCAAGGGGGCAACCAUCAAGCGCAUCCAGCAGCAGACCAACACGUACAUUAUCACCCCAAGCCGGGACCGCGACCCAGUGUUUGAGAUCACAGGCGCCCCAGGCAACGUGGAGCGUGCGCGAGAGGAGAUCGAAACGCACAUCGCGGUGCGCACAGGCAAGAUCCUCGAGUACAACAAUGAGAACGACUUCCUGGCUGGCAGCCCCGAUGCAGCGCUCGACAGCCGCUACUCCGAGGCCUGGCGGGUGCAUCCGCCCGGCUGCAAACCGCUCUCCACUUUCCGGCAGAACAGUCUGGGCUGCAUUGGCGAGUGCGGAGUGGACUCUGGCUUUGAGGCCCCGCGCCUGGGCGAGCAGAGCGGGGACUUUGGCUAUGGCGGGUACCUGUUUCCAGGCUAUGGUGUGGGCAAGCAGGACGUGUACUACGGAGUGGCUGAGACAAGUCCCCCGCUCUGGGCGGGCCAGGAGAACGCCACGCCCUCCUCGGUGCUCUUCUCCUCCUCCUCCUCCUCCUCCUCUUCCGCCAAGGCCCGCGGUGGGCCUCCUGGCGCCCAUCGCUCUCCUGCCACCUCCGCAGGGCCUGAGCUGGCCGGACUCCCGAGGCGCCCGCCGGGAGAGCCUCUCCAGGGCUUCUCCAAACUUGGCGGGGGCGGCCUGCGGAGCCCCGGCGGCGGGCGGGAUUGCAUGGUGUGCUUCGAGAGCGAGGUGACUGCCGCCCUGGUUCCCUGUGGACACAACCUUUUUUGCAUGGAAUGUGCAGUACGAAUCUGCGAGAGGACGGACCCGGAGUGUCCCGUCUGCCACAUCACGGCCACGCAAGCCAUCCGAAUAUUCUCCUAAGCCCCCUGCCCCAUGCCUCCUGGGCCCACUCCCUAGGGGCCUGCCCUGGAGCUGUUUUCCACUGGGGCCUUUUGGAAAUCAGUGAUUUGGGGGGCAAGGUGCUUAGAUCCUCGCUCGCUGGGGAGGGGGUAGGGAAGGCAAGAUGGUGGUGGCCAGAGGGUGGGCCACCUUCGGAGCCUCUGGUCACCCUGUCCUGGGAAGGUUGGGAGGGGGCCAGACAGGCAAUUUUACUAGAGUUACAACCCUGAUACCUCAACACACCCUUAAAUCUUGGAAUCAGCAAGGAGAAACUUUUGUUUUGCAAGAGGUGGCAGCUAAGGCUGAAUCUCAUAAUCCUGAGUCCCUCUGCCCACCUCCCCAUCUGUGGGUCACUCUACCCCUUCCUUUGUAGAGAGGGGUAGGGAAAAAGGAGAGGGAGAAUUACCAUCUGUAUCUAGAGGUGCUCUUUCCGAUCCUCAAGCCCUCUGGUCCUGAUCUCCAACCUCCUAACAUGACCUUUUAACCCCGUAUGUGCAUAUCCUGUUUGGGAAUCUGUUCAGAAGUUUCCCACAGCCUAAGGGGGUUGGGGCCCUAUGGGAAGUCUGCCUAGAACUUCUCAGGGAAGUAGUGGCAUGUCAAUCGAUAAAGAGCUCAGAAUUCCUGUCUCCACAAAGCUGGGCUAGAGGAUUCUGGAGAGUGGGGAUCCUCACUGCCCCUUCAAAUUUUUUCCUUUGCUUUUCUUCUCCCUGUUUUUCCUCCCUGCGGUUUCUCUCCUCUCUCCUUUGCUCUUUUCGUUCAGCUCUUCUCUUUGCUUCCCCUUGGCGGCUGUCAAUCCUUGCUCUGUCUUGCUGUUUGUCAAUGCCUUUCUUCCUUUCUUCCACCUCCCUCCUGUCUCUUCCAGUCCAGCUUUGGGGACACUGUCCACCUAAGGAGAAAAACAUCUUGACGACCCCCCCCCCCAUUUCCUCCUUCAGGCAUCUGGGGCCCUCUCCUCCACUCCUCCAAAGAAACAUCUUAAAUUCUUAAUGGACUGUGGGCCCAUUCGCAGUGAAACUGGGGUGAGGGGACUAAUACUGAGGUACAAAAGGGGUCAAACCUCCACCCUCAUUGUCUGUGGGCAUUACAUUUAGGGAACGGUUCUUGGACUGGAAUUUUUGGCUGUGGGAAUGGGCGACAGUGGCCAGAGUAGUGUGUCUGCUAUUUCAAGAGUAGGAUAGGGCUGGAGGCAGGAGGCGAGGGUGGUAGAGGAAAGGACAGCUCUCCCCCAUGCUGCCCCUCCUCCUCUACAGGCCACCCCCCCAUCCCAUCCCACUCCCCACCCCCACCCCGGCUCUCUGCAUCUCUCUCUCUCUGGACCUGACCUGAAUCAUUAGCAAACUAAUCAUGAAAUCUCUGUCACACUCGUUGUGGUUGAGGAGAGAGGCCAGGUCUUCAGAGAAGGAUCAAUCCGGGGUGAAGCAGGAUUGGGGUGCAGCAGAUCGUGUUCUGAGAAUUGUGUCUUGUUACAACCUGUGCACCCCUUCCCAGCUUCCCCAGGCUCAGUUGGGACUGUCGCCAGCCUCCCAUCCUCCUGGUUCUGCUGGUCGGGCCAGGAGAGGAUGGGGGAUGGGCCCAGAGGGCCCUGGGAGAUCUUUGUAUAUAAUGGGGUGGGACUGUUCUGAGUGAUCUGAGCACUUAGCUUGGGAGUCCCAUUCUUCCUGGGUGAAGAGGGGGUAACGGGGAUGGGAGUGCAGAGGGGAUUUCCUCCUCUCCUUCCUCCUGAUGUGAAUUAAUCCUCUCCCCUCAGCCCCCCUCCCCCACCAGACCACCAGCCAGGGAAGGGAGAGGAAGGAGGUCACAGCCAAGAAAACGGGCCUGUGAUCACUUCCCUCCUUCCCGCCAAUGUGAGCCAUCCUGAGAUGUCUAUACAAUAGAAACCAAACCAAAUGGGCACCCUCGGUUGGUCGCCGGGGGCGAGUGGGGAGGGGGGUUGGGAAGAAGGGAUAUCUGUCUGUCAACCCCCCUCCCCCUCUCCACUCGGUACCCACAAAGGCAGAAGACUGUUACACUAGGCGGCUCAGAAAAUUCAAUCCUACCCUUACUAAUCGAGCCAAACCUAGAAGCAAACACAAAACACGCAUAGCGAAAGACGAGAUAGAGGAGAGAAAGAGAGCGUGAGAGGGAGCGAGAAAGGCGACCAACACAGAGGAGAGAAAACAAAAAUAGCAAAAAAAAAAAAAAAAAGCAGUUCUUUAUAAUUUAAUAUUCUAUUUUAAUAAAGGCGUUUAUUACCGUAUAAAUGUAGCAAAGAACCUGGGCUAAUAUGAAAAAAAAAAAGACUUUUUAUUAGGUAAUUUAUUAUAUGAAAAGGAUAUUUUCUUUUAUGAUAAAGUGAUCCUUAAAAAAAUAAAAAAACUUUAGAAGGUUUAGAAUAUAUGUAGGGAGAGAAGAAAAAAAUACAUUUGUAUUCAGAGUUAAAUCUUAAAAAGUGUUUUUAAUAUAUGUUCGGGUUUACGUUCCUUUUUUCCCCCACUUUUCUUUGGGGAGGAAUACAUUUGCUUUUCUGGGGGGAGCAUCCUGGGAUGGAUGGUGGAGAGGGGCUGGGGGAACCUGGCCCCUUUUGGGGCCCUGCAAAUAGAUUAAGUUUCACUCAGUGGGUUCCCCCUCCCCCUUCCCCCUCGGGGGAGCCGGCAGAGCCAAACAAAGAAAGGGAUUAAGAAGAAAGGAAGAAGCUGAGGACUGAGGAUCCUGGGGUGUCCCCCCCCUUCCCCUACCGGGUCCCGGGGGUAAGUGAGGAAGGGAAGCCAAGAACUGAGGCCUAGUGGGCCCGUGGGAACCCUCAGAGAGGUGUGAGAUUUAAGAGAAAUAGAUUUUUUUUUUUUAACCAAAAACGAGAGAGAGAGAGAGAGAGAGAGAGAGAGAGAGGAAAAGAAAAACCGAAAGGUUUAAAAGAAAAGAAUACUACAAAAUAAUAAUUAUUAAUAAUAAUAAUACAAAUUUAUUUCAUAUAAUCCUAGAGAAAGAGAGAGAAAGAAUUACUAGUUACUUAGUAGAAGAUAUUCAGAUAGCUUAAAGUUUAGUAGCAUUGAGGACCCCUGGGUCCAGUAGAAUGUAUAAAAGUCAUAAAGAAAAGAAAAAUAGAGGAGGGAAGUUUCUUGAGUCCACCCAGAGUCGCCCCAUCAUCACAUUAACAGGGUGGGAACAGGUUGCUGGAUAAGGUUCGGGGCUACUGGUUUACCAGUUGGGGUUGAUUCUGAGAAUCCUUGGAUUUUUCAACUAUAGGACAAAUAGACGAGGGCUCAGUUUUGAGGGUCUUUCAAAGGAUGGACAUUGAUUUUGUUGACUAGAUGGGGCACUGGGCUGGGGCAGCAGUGCAGGUUGAGAACAUUGGCUUGCUCCAUCCUGCCUGCAUCCCCGUGCUCACUCCAAAUCGGUCUGUCCUCUCUUGGGGCUCUCAGGAAGGGUGGAGACGGCACAGCUCAAACCCUCCUAAACCAGCUUCUCCCAGGCCUAACUGAGGAAGUCCUUGGAGUGUAACUUCAAUCCACUUCACUGCAGUUUGAUUUGAGAGCCUGGUAGGUCAUUCCCCAAACAUACGCACAAUGUACACACAACUUUACCUUCCCAGAGUUGGGGAGACGGGGGAUCGUCUCCCAUACCUGGUCCCACCCAAGAUCCCCCUUUGUUUUUGACCACCAUGGCAGCAGUGGGAGUAAUAAUUUCAAUAAUUGUUCUUUAAGGCUGUAAUGUGUUUUAUAGGUUUGCAACAUGCUUAAUUAUGUCUUAGAAGUUAGACUCCAAAAAGGACUUCCCACUCAGUGAGGUGGAAGGAUGACCUGGGAGAACUGCCCCCCACCCCCACCCCAGGUACAGAGGCCAGGGGAGGGCAGCAGCCACCUUGGGCGACACCAACCCUGAUCCUUUCUGUUCCAGCCCACCUUCAGGUAGGGGUCAUCUGCUGUGCCCUGGCCUGGGAACAGAUAGCUUCCCCCAACCCCCACACAUGCAGACAAUUGGGGAUCCUGACUUUUGCAUGUGAGAAAUCAACUCAUUUUUAAAGCACUUGCCUUCUACCAACACCAGCUUGCUUGCAAUCAGAUCUGGGCCCUUCCCUCCUGUUCAAGAGGUGGGGAGGCCCCUUGGCACCCCCUUUGGCCAGAGGGGCCUGUUCCAGUACACCAGUGAUUCUGUCAUGCCCCUCCCCAAACACAUGCCAGACCCCAAACACAUCUCCCUCUCCCCAAUUUACUCUUCUUGCCCCACCUAGGGACAGAUUUCCCCCCUGCUGUUUGUCCUAGAAACCCCCGCUAGUUUGGGAUGGUAGCGUCUGGGGUGGGGAGGGGGUUCCCCUUUCCCACUUUCGCACUCGAGGGUGCG